AUGGCUACACUAGGGGCAAAGGUGGAAAUACCAGAUGAUAGUAUAGCCAUCGUCAUCGAGAAAAGAAUAACACCAGCAGUGCUAGCCGAAGAACAUACAGAGCAAGAUGCUGAGGGGUGGAAAACAUAUAUAAUCCAGCAGUUGAAAACAGGCCAAGGAACAAUCAGACCAGCAGAACUUGCAUCAUUUUCGCUCCUCCGAGGAGAGUUGUAUUUUUGCGGUCCCAACAACUUGCUGAAGUUUGGGAACUUGAUACAUGCACUGGCAGUUGAACUGCACAACAUCAAGACUCCUUACCCGUUCCAUACUUGGGCAUUUGACCUGGUAAGUCCUAUAGCGCAGCAAUCCAAAGGCCACAGAUGGAUACUUGCAGUGACUGAAGUUAGCACCAAGUGGGUACAGACUAUACCAAUAAGGAAGGUAGAUGGGGCAAGAGUAGCCAACUUCAUCAAAGAAAACAUAAUCUGCAGGUUUGGCAUACCCAAAGUAAUGUUGUCUAAUAAUGGAACUCCCUUUGUAAAUCGCCAUGCGGGAAGACUACUGGACGCCUACCAGAUCAAGCACCAAAAGUCUAGUCCAUACUACCCUCAAGGGAACGGACAAGCGGAGGCGACCAACAAAACCCUUAUCAGAAUACUGAGUAAAAUGAUGGAUGAAGCAGGGGACACAUGGUCUGAACAACUUUCCGUAGCACUCUGGGCAUAUAGAACAUCAAAGAGGAAGCCAACUCAGGCAACCCCGUUUUCCUUAGUAUAUGGGUCCGAAGCUGUGUUCCCAGUUGAGUUGGCAGUACCCUCAGCAAGAAUGGCUAUGUCAGCACACUUAGUUCCAGGCAGCAAAAAGAAUGAUAUAGAGGCAGUUGAAGAAAGAAGAGAUCGGGCCUCGCGGGCGAUGGAAAAGUAUCAUCAAUCCAUAACCCGUGCCCACAAUCAAUCUGUUCAACACAAAAAGUUCAAGAAAAAGGACUUAGUAUGGAAAACAGUGGAUCCAAUCAUGCGGGGUAACCAAUUCCCAAGUUCUCGCCCAGAUGGGAAGGCCCCUACAAAGUUGCUGAGGCAAGCAGCAGCGGGUACUACAAGUUAA